CACGCCGACGUCAGGGGGUCGGGGUCCCCCGGCGGCCGGCCGCACCCCGCUCCCGCGGAGGCGGCGUGACCCGGCCCCUCAGUCCCGGCCGGGCACCCCCGGCCCCGCGGCCCCUCGGCCCGCGCCCCCCCGCGCGCCGGCCGUGCCCUGCUCCUCCCUCUCCCCCCGCCGCCGCGCGGAGUGGGCCAGCCCGCCCCUAUAUAAGAGCCGGGUGGGCGGCUCCGCGCCCCAGCGUCGCCAGCGGCUCGGCAGCGGAACUGCCGCGGGGGACAUCGUCGUGCGUGGGGCACAGCCUGCCUUCUUCCCGGCUCCCGCCGCCCUGCAGCCAUGGCCUGGCAGCCGAUGGAGAUCAACCCCGAGAUGCUGAACAAAGUGCUGUCCCGCCUCGGGGUGGGUCCUGGCUGGCGCUUCGUGGACGUGCUGGGCUUCGAGGAUGAAGCGCUGCGCGCCGUGCCGACCCCGGCCUGCGCGCUGCUCCUGCUGUUCCCGCUCACUGAGCAGCAUGAGAACUUCAGGAAGCAACAGACUGAGAAAAUAAAGGACCAGGAGAUCAGUUCCAAAGUGUAUUUCCUGAAGCAGACUGUCAGUAACUCCUGUGGGACAAUUGGUCUGAUACAUGCAGUUGCUAAUAACAAAGACAAAUUGAAACUUGAGGAGGGGUCUGCCCUGAAGAAGUUUCUUGAUGAAACAGCUGAUUUGUCUCCUGAAGAAAGAGCUAAGCAUUUGGCAAAUAAUAAGGCUAUACAAGAAGUCCACAAUUCUGUUGCUCAAGAAGGACAAUGUCGGGUUGAGGACAACAGUGUGAACUUCCAUUUCAUCCUGUUUGUCAAUGUGGAUGGACACCUGUAUGAAUUGGAUGGCCGUAUGCCAUUUCCUGUAAACCAUGGCACAAGCUCGGAUGACUUGCUGUUGAAGGAUUCUGCUAAGAUCUGCAGACAAUUUACAGAACGUGAAAAAGGAGAAGUUCGUUUUUCUGCUGUGGCUUUCUGCAAGUCUGCCUAAGACUCUGAAGAGAUGCAAGGAAAGCAGUUUAAUAGCACACCAGUAAAUGCAGUUUAAACUCCAGUGCUUCAGUACUUGUUAAACACAGCUGUUCUGGUAACUUAAAUUAUUUCCACCUUUUGCUAUACACAGAAGCAACAUCAGCUGAGCUUAUGCUGAAGGAUGAGCUCAAGUUUUAAUGUGAACGGUUUGGACACAUCAGAUAUCUUUAGACUCUUUUUUCACAUGUUAAGUAGAAAAUGCUUAACAGGGCUUGUUUGAUCUGUGUUAUGUUAAUUGAGUUGUUGGUUGAUAUUUUCUUGUCCUUAAUGAGAAUAAAAUGUUCUGCUGGAAGACUAAA